AUGGCUCGACAAGUACGAAACGUCGACCAAAGAUUGAUAGUCAGUGCUUUAACUUCUGCUUUAAAGCUCGGACCAUUUGUGGAUUACUUAUACGCCGAAAAGCCACAAACCAUGGUCGAACUACAACACAAGCUAACAAGUUUUAUUAGGAUAGAAGAAGGAAUAACUCAUUAUAAAGGCCAGGAAAGCGAAUCAAGAGGGCAGACAAGGAGGGAGGGCAUGAAUCGGGGGGUGCAAAGGAGAGAGGAGCGACCGCUCGGGCCAAGAAGGAUGGAUCAACCUAGGCUCUUGCAGCACAUCCACCAUACGCCUCUCAAUGCUCCUCGCACUCGGGUGAUGGAAGAGGUGUUAAGAGCCGAUUUAUUGAAGGCGGUUCGAGCUCCCACACCUUUGGGAGUUGAUGAAAGCAAAUAUUGUAGGUACCACCAAAACAGAGGACAUACUACGGAAGACUGUAAUACUUUGAAGGAUAAGUUGGAAAAUCUUAUUCAAGUUGGACAUUUGCAAAAAUUUGUACAACGUCGUCAGACAUGCACACCGAACGUCACAACUCACCAAAGUGAUAAGAGAAGUAGACGUGAUCAAAGUAGAAGUAGAAGCCGAAGCAGGGAAAGGGUGACGAUAGGCAUUAUAAAUACCAUUUCUGGUGGGUUCGCAGGAGGCGGCCCAUCGGUGUCUGCCCGUAAAAGGCAUUUGCGAAAUUUACAUCAUGUGAAUCAAACAGGAGUAGACAGAAAAUCUAUGCCUGUGAUUUCCUUUUCAGAUGAAGACUUUCACGCUCCAGAUCCUGAUCAAGAUGACCCAAUGGUGAUAGUUGCUAUGAUCGCCCGGUACCAGGUGGGAAAGGUAUUAAUUGACCAAGGAAGCUCGGCCAAUAUCCUAUAUUGA